CUGUAUCGCACUUGGUUCCAGUCCUACAAGAGCGAGGUCGAAUACGGACGGUUCAUAGCCAGUGUCAUAGCACCUGCACAUAUCCCGCAAGAUAUCGACUUUAGCGGGCUCGUCAAGGUUCUGAGUUCGCUGAGUGCAGCGCUCUGCGCUCAGAUCGAACAGGUGCACCAAAAGAAGAAAGACUUCAAACAGGCUCAAAGGCGAUACGGACCCGAAACCUUUGACGAGGCCACGAGGAGAAUCAAGACAACUACAUAAUACAGCCUCUUUUUCGCGCCAUGGCCAUCGUUUUGCUUACUGGGAAUUUCGACAUGGAAGUCUCCGACAUGGGUCAGGUCCCAGUUCUUGUCGUCCUGACGGGCGUCGAGGAUGGCUUGAGCGCCCCGAUCUCGUUUGAACAAAUAGCGCACCAGGCCGAGGCCUACAUCUACAACAGCGCGAUCCAAGUCUCGCUAGAAACGGCGGUUACUUUUGUCAUGGAUCUCAAAAAUCGCGAAAUCGCUGCUUUUGGUCGCCGUCCAGACCCUGUCGAAUCGACCUCCGGCAAUCAGGCCUUCGCAUGUCAUAUGAGGUUUCCAUUCCCGGGGCUCCUGGCAAUGCUAGGCUGGGGCUACGAGCCUCCCAAUGGCCCUAGUUCGAGCUGGGUUGACUUGGAAAAGCAUCCUGAGUGGGUGGUCGACAGCGCCUCAUACGAUACGGGUUUGGACUACACUUAUCGGUGGGAAUCAACGAUGCGCAGGAGCCAUUAUAGACUCGCUUCAGGACUUGACUUGUGCAUGCCCACCCCUAGUCCACUUGUGCUCCCUUCUCCAAGGCAUAGCCCAAUGUGGAGGGUAGACAACUAGAUGUGGACUACCCGGGUUUGGAAGACUCCUUGAAAGUCUUUGGUCUAAGGAUAUAGCUCUGGAUUUACACAUUGAUUCUUUUCAUUAUCCUCAUAUUUCGUAUAUUUUAUUACUCUAUAUCGG